UCAUCAUCAUCAUCACCGAAACUUCACUUCGCAAAGCUCGCACUCUCAGAUUACACUGCUGAAACAAUCUUGUCGAGAUGGUGUCGUCGAGCGCUCUGAUGGCGUCCCUGAAAGCCCUGCUCGUGUCGGCCGGCGCGGUGUCCAUCGCCGCCGUCGCCCUCCGAGCCGCCUCCGCUCCAUCGACCUCCGCCGACCCUCUGGCCCCUCGGAUGCCUCCCGCUCUGGGCUCGCUCCUCUCGUGGUUCAGGCCCCCGUACCUCUUCGUCGUCGUCAACGGCAUCAUCUUAGCCAUCGCCGCCACCUCCAGGUGCUUCCACCGCCCGCAGCCGGAGGCUGCCGCCCCGGAGAGGAUCGCGGUCGUGGAGGCACCUUCGCAGCAAGCGCCGCCGCCGCCGCCGGUGGAGGCGGAGGCUUUCGACGAGUACAGGGUUUUCGAGGAGAAGAGAGUGGUAGUGGUGGAGGGGAAUGGCGUGGGAUUCGGGGGCGGAGAUGGAUAUAACGGCGACUGCGAAGGGGAGAGGAAGGUGGCGUUCGGGAGGUCCGCGUCGACGCCGCGGAAGCGGGCGGACUCGUCGGAGAAAGCUCCGGUUUCGCCGAGGCUCGUCCGCCGGAAAGCUGCCAACGGCGACCGCCUUCAAGUGGGCAAAGUUUCGAGAAAAGGCUUGAGGAGAUCGAACGAGAGCAUGGAGAACGUAUGGAAAGCAAUAGUCGAGGCGGGGGCAGCAAAGCCGACCAAGUGGCCCAUGAAAGUGGACGACGCCGACCAUCGGAGCAGCUUGUUGGGGUCGCCGCCGCCGCCGCCGUCGCCGUCGCCUUCGAUGCAGAAAUCAGCGACGUUUAAGGAUCGCGCCAUUCAGCUGAGGAAGGAGCUGAGCCCGGACGAGCUCAACCAUCGGGUCGAGGCAUUCAUCAACAAGUUCAACGAAGAAAUGAGGCUACAAAAACAGGAGUCGUCAAAUCAAUUUGAGGAGAUGAUUAGCCGUGGAACGUAGGGCCAUGGAAUAUGCCAUAGGAGUGAGCAAAGUGAAAGGUUUGAUGAGAAGAAUGAAUUUCUUUUUUCUUUUUUUUUUUUUUUUGUGAAAACAUAGUGGGAGGAAAUGAUGAUUUUUUCUUUUUUUUCAUUUUCCCUUGGGGCCUAAGUUUGUGAAAAUUGUUUCUAAUAGGUCCAAAGAUAGCUAUGAUUUUUUCUUUGUUCUUAGGAUACCAAAACCUUUUUUGGGGGGCUUUUUGUGGGGUUGAAGCGAAUUCUUGUACAGGAAAGAUGGAAAAACCAUAUAUGUUUAUUCAAAGGUAAAAUAGAAAAAAAUAUAUAUCUUUACUUU